AUGCCGUCACAUUCGUCGGCCCCCAAGCAGCUGCCGAAGCGGCUUUGCAAGAUUUCACACACAGAGGAUCACAGCCGCGGGGCUCACCUUGCCAGGAAAUGUGCAGCAUGGGCGCCGCAAUCACUCGCAGCAGACGCUUUUCCUCGACUUCCCCCCCUCAGCACUGGUGGCAUUAGGCUGGAGAUCGCAACAGAGACCCUGCCUGCCCUGGCAGUACUGCACCCCCAAAUUAUCCUGCUCCUCCUCUCCCGCUGCAUCUACCGCAAGGUGGGGCAUCUCCUCCGGUCGACCCCCUUCUCGUCCCUCCCCAUACGUGAAUGGUUGGGGAGGGAAAAUCCCCUGCUUCAGGCGGCCCUGGAUGCCUGUAGCAUGAAAGCGGGCAGCUGCAGAUCCAGAAACCCUCUGGUGCUAGGCCAGCCUCCCAUUCACUAUGGGGGGGCAGGGCCUGAUUGUCCCGCAGUAGAAGCCGCACUUGCAUACCUGGGCAGCAUCACCCAAACAUCUCAGCUGCUCCAGGCACUCCAGCUCCCCUCAUCCCACCCUCUGUCCGCUCUAGUGCCACCCCUCCAAGGGCCCUUCUCCUCCAACCUUCCGAUGCACACGCUGCUGCAGAAAUGCGAGACACUGCUACCUGAAGACGCCCAGACACUGCUUGCAGCGGAACAAUCAGAUCCCACAGAAACCUGGCUGCAGCAUGGCCUCUCUGUGCUCAUCAACCGGGACCGUGUUGCUGCCCUCACUCCCGGCUAUCCCAUCCCCCUCUCCAACCAACCCACCACCUACAGCCUUCCCUCUCCCGCCACCCCCCCUCCCUCUCCUGCUGCCCGACCCCCUAUCAUAUUCCCCCUCACUGAGCACCCCUCUCAUCCCCUCCCUCGCAGCUCCCGCUCCCAUGUCAUUACAAUCCCCAUCCCGCUGCCCUCCGCUCCUCCCGUGGCCCCACGUCCCGCCUGCUCCAUACCGGGUGGUCGAGAAUGGGCCGGGCUGGAUCUGGGCACGACGCGGGGCGUGAAGUGA